CGCCAUCUAGCAAUGUUUCAACCUCUAUGCGCAUGCGCGCGGGCGCGACGAGCUCCCGCCAAAAAUCAGAGAAACGUCAUUAGAACAAAACUGCCUGGCUUUGUCUCCUCCGCUUGCAUCAGAAGUGCGCUAUUAUUAGGAUACUUUGCCAAGAAGAACAUCCGAAUCGAUCCAACGCUGCAUUCUGUACACUUCGACUCGUCAACAUUUCAAAGAUUCUUUACAAGACUGAAGAGACGGUUAUACAAUGCCGAGAAGAAAGAGCAAGGGCAAAAAUCCGGCUCCGAGUUCUCCGACGCAAGCCGGUGAGCCACAAAACGAAGAGCAUGCAGAGGUCAAGGAAAUCUCUGAGCAUAUGUUGAUCGCUUAUCUUUCAUACAUGGCAGAAAAAAAAGCAAUAAAAGAGCAUGAUAGGGAGUACAGACGGCGAUAUUAUGCCGAAAGAAGACGUACGGCCCGUGAAAAUAAUCUGAGGAGGAUGAGAGGCGAGCUCUCGGACGAUAACUCGGAGAAUCGACGCAGGACUCGUUCUGGGGAUAAAGUUCGAACAACGCAAUCAACAGCAGAGGCUUCUAAUAUGAAGCCAGGGGAAAGAAGACCAAGAGGAAAAAGAGCUUAUAAUUCCGAAGGACUUAUCAUGCUAUACUGCGAGAAUUGCGAUACGUCAAGGCGCAAAAUUAAUUACAGACUAGAGACAGUAUGCAGAAAAUGCAAAAGAGCUAUCAAAUUCCAAUGCAUUAAAUGCAGUUUGACCUACAAGUCACAUACGGCAUGCGUGGCACACCUCCAAGGAAAACACCCUGAUGCGGAACCUGAGUUCUAGAAAAUUCUAGAAAUGUUUUCUAGAAAUAUUUGUUUAUACGCUUUUUUAUUACUAUUUUUGAAGCCAUAUUUACAAAGUUAAGGAAAUUGUAAAUUCCUUCCAAUUUAAUUUGGCAGUGUCACUGUCUUGAUAUAGAACAAAGGUUUAUUCAUAUAAGUUUAUUGUUUUUUUGGACGCCUCUAUAUAAUACUGCGUUUCGAUAGUAUUAUAUAUAUUUUUUCAACUUACGCUCAAGUUGCAUUUUUUCCGCUACUAACUGCUGCACGUCUGAUUGAAGCAGGACAAUCGUAAUCCCGAGUGUUUUCCGCCGAAACUUUCAUUUGCGACGCUCUGCAUGCUUGCACAUACUGCAUUGGCUUCUCAUCCCCUAGGAAUUAAAAUUGUUCAGGAGAGCCGUAUGAAAAGCAUCCAUCCAUUGCGGAAAUAAAAAAGUUCCCUAUCUAUUCGGCUUUCGCUUUAUCUUAUUUUAAAAACUUUUCGUUAAUGAAGCAAUCCAUCUGUCUCUCGUGUAAAAAACUUGCGCGAGAGCAGCUCGUCCCUCUUUCUCAUUUCGAAACUUUACUGCUGUUGCUGCCCCAGCUUCUCAUUCGCUAUUCUCCUAGCGCGUCUCCUUUCAGUCCGCUUCUUUAAUUUCCUCUUUAAUUUAUAUAGUGAGGCUGGCUCUUUGUGUUUGUUUGGCUAAUUUGGCUAAUUUUUUUCAUGACGCUUUGAGCUUUCGCUUCUAUGGAAAGUUUAUAUGUGCCUCUUAGUAUAACUUUAUUAUAAAACGUAAAUGAAAAAGUAAUUGCUCGCCUUUCUUUAUUAUAAUUGUUAAGCUGUGAGAAAAAUGUUUCUAAUCGCUAUACACGUAGACUCGGUCUAUCCGUUCCCAAAUCUCAAGAUUUUCUGAUGCUUAUACACAGGCACCUAUACCGUUUCCGUCGAAUGUUUUUUUCCCUCUUCGCCGAGAAACGUGUUAAUCGCUACAACUUUUCUAGAGUUUCUUCUUCUUGUUUCCGAGGCGAGAAAAGAAGCAUCUGGCGCUCGUUUCUCGUCUCGUCUUUUUUCCUCAUUGUUUGCGCUUAGCUUACACCACGGCGCAAAAGUACAAUCAUUCUUUUCUUCUACUUUAUUUUUCGUCACUUGUGUUACACGGUCGUGUCGCUUUGAACAAUAAUCUACGAAGUGUGAACAAUUGAAAAACGAUGUGCAGACUUAGUAGUAAAAUUAAAAACGAAUAGCGCAACACUAAGCUAAAUUAAUCGAGUCGUCGCCGCGUUUAAAUGAAUUUCAUAUUUUAAUGAAAUAAUUGCUUACACUUCUCCGUUUACUCUUAAUGAGCCGUCCACUACUGAGAGGGGUCUUUUUUCGAACUUUUGCCGGAUGCUUCAUUUCAAUUCUUGUCGGUGUUAAAGGUAGUCGAUAAGGAAACCGUCACUGCUUUUCGUUAAUUGAAUUGUGUGGUUUCCCUCUGAUCUCGAGAACUCGGUACGCUCGGAAAUAUUCUUAGUUUUUCUCUUUAGUUGAAACUUUUGAACAAUAUUGCUUUAUUUGAAGUGGAAUUCGCAUCGCAGGAAAUUUAUUGCGCUUCUGUUAUUAAUUGAUUCGCUGUGUAACUUUCCGAAUUUUAUUUUCAUCCAACUCUUCGAACGUUUUUUCCCUUUUUUACACAAGAGGAAAAUAUUGGGUUUCCUCGGAAAAUAUUUGUUAAUUUCGGUAUCUUUGCGGUGCUUCUAUUGAUGUAUACAAAAUUAAAAUAAACUAAAUGGACAUCGAUGAA